UGGGAAGCGUUUCCUGCCAGAUUGUGGACAGUGUCCGCGGUUGUCAGAUGGCAAUGGAGAAGGAAAAUAACGGUCAACAGCGCGUGUGGAGAAAAAGCCGAAAGCAGUGAGCCAAAUUCUAAGAGGGAAGAAAGGAAAAAUCUCACAUACACACAAUAGGGCGGCACUCAUUGUGAUUUGCAAUUUGCCGAAUGCCAACAAGAAACGCACUCAAAGUUUUUAAUAUGAAAGUGAUUUGACACUUCAGAUACAGAGAAGCUGUUUCCUCUGGUGAGGCUUCCAAAACAAGGGGGAAAAUUAAAGUUCUUUUAGGAGUGAAAUCACAUAUAAGAAUCUCAAGCAUGAAUCCUGCCACAGCAGAUGGUGGAAUAUGAAUUCAAUAAAUAUCUGGAAUUGAGACUCUAAUGAUGACCAUGUCAGAAAAAACCUAUCUAGUUCACUAAAAUCGUUCAGAGACAAAAGUCAGCUCAAUUGAAAAGCUGUAAUCAUGACAGCCGAAGAGACAAUAAAUGUUAAGGAAGCGGAGAUAAUUAAAUUAAUCCUGGAUUUUCUCAAUUCAAGGAAGCUCCAUAUUAGUAUGCUUUCUCUCGAGAAAGAAAGUGGUGUGAUAAAUGGAUUGUAUUCCGAUGAUAUGCUUUUCCUCAGACAGCUGGUACUUGAUGGCCAUUGGGAUGAAGUGCUUCAAUUCAUCCAGCCUCUUGAGUGUAUGGAAAAAUUUGAUGCAAAAAGAUUCCGAUAUAUUAUUUUGAAACAGAAGUUUUUGGAAGCAUUAUGUGUAAACAAUGCAGUGUCAGCAGAUGAUGAACCUCAGCAUCUAGAGUACACAAUGCAAGAGGCUGUAAAGUGUCUCCAUGCGCUGGAAGAAUAUUGUCCCUCCAAGGAAGACUACAGCAAACUCUGCUUAUUGCUUACCCUUCCUCGCUUAACAAAUCAUGCAGAAUUCAAGGACUGGAAUCCCAGCACUGCUCGUGUUCAGUGCUUUGAUGAGGCCUGUGUUAUGGUGGCAGAAUUCAUUCCUGCUGACAGAAAACUGAGUGAAGCUGGUUUCAAAGCAAGCAAUAACAGACUAUUUCAACUUGUCAUUAAAGGUUUGCUGUAUGAGACUUGUGUAGAAUUCUGUCAGAGUAGGGCAACUGGUGAAGAGAUUAGUGAGAGUGAAGUACUGCUUGGAAUUGAUUUACUUUGUGGAAAUGGGUGUGAUGAUCUGGAUUUGAGCCUUCUCUCAUGGCUUCAGAAUUUAUCACCUGAUACUUUCUCAUGUGCUUUUGAACAAAAGAUUUUGAAUAUCCACACAGACAAACUUGUAAAACCUACAAGGUCUUCAUACUCUGAUAUUUUAACACCUCUAAUUAAUAAACUGUCUCCUUACCCAUCAUCCCCAAUGAGGCGUCCGCAAUCUGCUGAUGCAUACAUGUCACGAUCCUUAAACCCAGCAUUGGAUGGACUGUCGUAUGGACUAACUAGUCAGGAGAAGCGUAACGCUGAUAUAGUGAACAGAAGUUCUCCAAUGUCUCAUUCUUUUGCGAACUUUAAUUAUCCUGGUACACAAAACCUUUCAAGAAGUCUCUUGUUUGAGAACACAGACUGUCACAGCAUAUAUGAGGAAUCGCCAGAAAGGACAGAUUCACCAGUACCCAAAGUUCAGCAUUCUGGUGGUAGUGGUAAUGCUGAAACUUCGAUUCAGGAUGAAGCGUCACUUGUCAAUUCAGUAGAAGUAGCAUCAGGUCCAGCCACUUCUAAAAUGGAAAAGAAUGAGCUGAGAGAACCUGCAGAUCAAUUUCAAGAGUACUAUCGACAGCGGAUGCGCUACCAACAGCAUCUAGAGCAAAAGGAGCAACAAAGACAAAUGUAUCAGCAAAUGUUACUAGAAGGAGGGGUCAAUGAAGGUGAUGGAGCAAGCCAGCAGCAGAACCUCACAGAGCAGUUCCUUAACAAAUCAAUGCAAAAGCUAGAAGAAUUAAAUCUAGGAAUGGAUAAUCUUAGCACUGAGGCACAGUCUCCAAGCCAACAAUGUAAUGGAAACCAAUUAAAUGCACAAAAUGGCUCUUCAGCCACUAAUUUUUUAACACCUGAAGUUAAUCAGCGUUCAGGUGUAUCUGAUGUUUCAAGCCAGUGCACAAGUACUCCGUGUAAAACAAGGACCGGGAACACAUUCCCUUAUUCUGAUGGGUCUUCAUUCUUUAACAUGCAGAAUGCAGAUUCUUCAUCUUCCAAAGAUCCUGCAAUAAGCUCUCCAAUAUUGGAAGAUGCUUUGGUCAGUGGAAAUGGGACAAGGGAUGAAGAGGAUGAUGGAACCAGAAAACAAUUCAUUGCCAUUAAUACCCUCGAAGACACUCAAGCUAUAAGAGCGGUAUCAUUCCAUCCAAGUGGGACUCUGUAUGCUGUUGGUUCAAAUACUAAAACUUUACGGGUGUGUGCGUACCCAGAAAGUAUUGACCCAAGUGCAUACAGUUUAGCUAAGCAACCUGUAGUAAAGUUUAAAAGGAACAAACAUCACAAGGGAUCAAUCUACUGUGUGGCUUGGAGCCAUUGUGGACAACUAUUGGCUACUGGAUCAAAUGAUAAGUAUGUGAAGGUGCUGCCAUUUAGUCCAGAAACCUGCAAUGCUACAGGUCCUGAUUUGGAGUUCAGCAUGCAUGAUGGUACAAUCCGAGACCUUGCUUUCAUGGAGGGCCCCGAAAGUGGAGGGGCGAUCUUAAUCAGUGCUGGAGCUGGAGAUUGUAAUAUUUACACAACAGACUGCCAACGAGGCCAGGGAUUACAUGCACUUAGUGGACAUACAGGUCAUAUUCUAGCACUCUAUACUUGGGGAGGAUGGAUGAUUGCAUCUGGUUCACAAGACAAGACUGUAAGAUUCUGGGAUCUGAGAGUGCCAAGCUGUGUUCGUGUUGUUGGGACAGCAUUUCAUGGAUCAGGCAGUGCUGUUGCUUCUGUGGCUGUAGACCCAAGUGGAAGACUCCUAGCCACAGGUCAGGAGGAUUCUAGCUGCAUGCUUUAUGAUAUCCGAGGAGGCAGAGUGGUACAAAUUUACCAACCACAUGGUAGUGAUGUACGUUCGGUGAGGUUCUCCCCAGGAGCUUACUACCUUCUUACAGGAUCUUACGACACUACUGUCAAAGUAACUGAUUUACGAGGAGAUCUAAUAAAACCACUUCCGACAACAGUAGUAGCUAAGCACAAGGACAAAGUUAUACAGUGUAGAUGGCACACUGAGGAUCUAUCUUUCUUAUCUUCAUCUGCUGACAGGACAGUAACUCUCUGGACUUACAACAGCAGUUGAUUAAUUGAUACCAAUGCAGACAAAGCACAAUUGUAAUUGUAAUCCAAGAGCUGAAAUUUGUUGGCAUCGCUGUAUGUAACUGACCAGUAGAACGUAUGAGACAGCAAAGUCAAUAUGUGCUGCUGUUCGAGCUAAUUGGAACUGCUGUCUGUGUUUGUUGUAUUAUGCGUGCUUGGAUCUUCCACAAUGAUCAUGCUAUCCCUGACUUCUCUCGCAAAAUGUAACACAAUGACUGAAUCAAGUGAGGCAAACAUUCAUUUAGUAUUUAUGACAUUCCUUAUUCAUUGUGCCAGUAUCUAAUGUAGAAAACUGGCUGAGUAUUAUAGAUCAAAAUUAUUGGUUAUGUAUGUUGAUUUUACAAUAUGCCGAAAGUUGAAUAUUCAUUUAAUCAACCUAAACACGAAUUUAUUCUGAUGUAGGAAGUAUUAAAGCUAGCCAUUUUGAUAGCACAAGAUGGUGAAGAACACCUGGUUGCAGAACAUUUCAGACAUAACUGCUUUGCUUUUAUACUUCCUGUAGCAUGGUUUUCCAUUGUAUGUGUGCAUGGGUAAUAUUAGUGCAGUAUUUACAAACAGGUCUGUGAAAGCUAAUAAAUGCUUGUGUUCUUGCACUUACAAAGUUUUAAAUAACUUGUGAAAUGUUAUUUUUUUCUGUUUUGUAUAUGUAAUGCUUUAUUUUCUAUUGUACAGUUUAGUUUAAUAUAAAUACUAAAGUAUUGUAUUCAUUAAUAUUUAACUUACGUAUUUGUGUUUUGGUUACAAGGAGCCAGACGAUAUAUCCUAUGCACUUCUAAUAGUAGUUUGUUUUCUAACCCUUGUAAUGAUUGAAAAUGUAAUGAAAAUUACAAAGUGUGAUUGUGCAGUGUUUUCUCAAUAAAAACAUUUAUU